AUGAAGUUUUUUGUCUUUGCUUUAAUCUUGGCUCUCAUGAUUUCCAUGACUAGAGCUGAUUCACAUGAAAAGAGACAUCAUGGGUAUAGAAGAAAAUUCCAUGAAAAGCAUCAUUCACAUCGAGAAUUUCCAUUUUAUGGAGACUAUAGAUGAAAUUAUCUGUAUGACAAUUGAUAUCCUUAGUAAUCAUGGGGCAUGAUUAUAGAGGUUUGACUGGCAAAUUCACUUUUUACUCAUUUAUUCUUAUUCAUCGUACUGCAUCACAC